AUGGAUCCAAAAUAUUCACCAACAGCCUUAGCUCUCUUCUUUGCACUCACCAUCUUCCUCUCAGGCCACACUGAAGCCAAUAGACCAACUCGCCCCCGUGCACCUCCACCUCCACCACCAAAGCCAAGAGCGGCACCAACUUCUCCUCCUCGUGCAUCACCAGUUUCUCCGCCAAGAAUGCCACCAACCUCUCUUCCGCGUACACCACCAAUGUCUCCACCGAGGAGUGUACCAACGGUUCCUCCACAAACACAACCAGUGUUUCCAACAAGAAUACCACCAAAUUCUCCUCCUCGUGGAACACCAGUGUCUCCCCCAACGAUCCCGUCACGAACACCUCUUGUGUCUCCGUCAAGAACACCACCAAUGUCUCCUCCACGUGCAUCACCAGUGUCCCCGCCAAAAACACCACCAACCUCUCCUCCAAGUACAUCACCAGUGUCUCCGCCAAAAAGUUCACCAACAGCUGCUCCACAAACACCAUCAAUGUCUCCACCAAAAAUACCACCAACCUCUCCUCCACGUGCACCACCAGUGUCUCCGCCUAGGAGUCCGCCGAUGAUUUCUCCACUAGCACCACCUGUUUCUCCGCCAAAAACGUCACCAACCUCUUCUCCACGUUUACCACCAGCGUCUCCACCAAAAAAUUCACCAAUGAUUCCUCCACAAACACCACCUGUUUCGCCACCGAGAACUCCAUCAACCUCUCCUCUGAGUGCACCACCCGUGUAUCCGCCAAGGAACCCGCCAACAAUUCCACCAGUAUCUCUUCCAAGAAUACCACCAGUAAUACCACCAGUCUCUCUUCCACCAGUAUCUCUUCCAAGAACACCACCAAUGUCUCCGCCAAGUACACCACCAACAAUUUCUCCACAAACACCACCGACCUCUCCUCCACGAUCACCACCCAUGUCACCGCCUAGGAUUCCACCAACGGUUUCUCCACAAACACCUCCAUUGUCUCCACCUAUAACACCAUCAACAGCUCCUCCGCGAGCACCACCUAUGUCUCCUCCAAGAACACCACCAAUCUCUCCGCCGCUUGCACCACUGAUGUCUCCGUCAGGAAGCCCACCAACAUUUCCUCCAAAGGCACCACCUAUAUCUCCACCAGAAGCACCACCAACCUCUCCUACGCUUGUACCACCUGUGUCUCCACCAAGACGUCCACCAACAGCUCCUCCACAAACAUCACCAAUGUCUCCGCCAAGAAUGCCACCAACUUCUACUCCACGGGCACCACCGGUCUCUCCACCAGAACUUCCACCAGCUGUUCCUCCACAAAGAGUACCACCAGUGUCUCCACCAACUUCUCCACCACGUGCACCACCGGUACCUUUGCCAAGGUCCCCGCCACCACCUCCACCUUCUCUGCUUGGAAUAUGCCCCCGUAGGAUUGGCCCCCAAUUAAGAAUAUGUGAAAAUAUCCUAAGUAUUAUGGAUCGUAUUAUAGGAAUUGGAAGUGUGCAGGCAUGUUGUUCUAUCCUCCGUAACCUGUCUGAUGCUGAUGCACUUGCUUGCUUGUGUGAGUCAGCUAGAGCACCACGUGGAAGUCUCCCUCCUAAUAUCAGCACACUCUUCAGGAAUUGUGGCCGCGGUUCCAGUACUCCUCCAGGCUUCACUUGCCCAUGACCACUUCCUUUUGCCACCCAGUAACUAAAAGUAUACUCAAUAUACACUCAAACCGUAACUCUCCUGUUCUCAUAUAACUUGAGCUUUGUAACUUUUAUACUUUAUUCCGAUAAUGAAAUAAAAAAGUCUAUAAAGAUUAUACU